GGAAGACACAACUGGAGCAUAAAUCUAUUGCAAUGGGUCGAUGGAAAGCAGUCGAAGCGAUACAAACCUUAUAGGAUCUAGGGUUCCCGGCCCGCACGGGUACGCUUCAACGUGGCCACAUUCGACCGUCGAAGAACAAUACGUGGCGAACGUUCAGUGGUCCACACUUCGUUCCGGAGCUGCUACUAAUGUGCCAUGUCCGGUUCCGCUUCCUGCAACAGCUGCUGCAUCGGUUGGCAGCAGCAGCAUCAUCGUCGUCGCCGGGACUCACCACCGACGGAACGGAAACUCGGGCUGGUACUCUUCGUAUUCUUCCUCGCCACAACAGGAAGGGCAUUCCACAGUCGGUUUGUGAACCAGCCAGCCAGCCAGGAUGUUUUGUUUCGCCUUACGUUUAGAUGCAGGUGUCGAGGGAAGGGGUCGUGUUACGUGUGCUGCGAGAUGGAAAAAGCAGCUUUUACAUCCCGUGUCUCGUGUGUCUCCUGUUCACAUCACGCAGCUCCCUUUCACCAUAUCCUUGUUGGAAGAAAAGGAUACUCCAUAAAGGGCAAAUUAAACCAUUUCAUCGAGCGUAUCAUAAGACGGAAGAUUGAACGGGAAGAAUUGAAUGGUGCUCGCCCAUUUCACUCUGAACGUUCUGCACACCAUCCGAAAAGGUGUGUGGAGUGCUAUUCGAUACCCGAGAGAGCGAGAGAGAGGGGGGGGGGGGGGGGCACACGGCUUCUCCACAUAAAAAAGAACCAUCCGAA